AUGGAUUAUUUUUCCUCUUUGGAGGCUGAAAAACAUCCAGACCAUACAGAAUCCUCCAGCUCCCCCUGCAGCACUAUUGGACCCAAUUCCGAUAACUUCACACAAAUAACAACUCUUUCACUUCUUACUUCAGAUAUACUUUGGGAGAAUAGUAUUCUUCGCGCAAAGAACAAUAUCCUGGAAAAAUCUUUGGUCUGCAGUGAUGAAAGGAAUAAUGUUCUCACCCACGAGCUUGAAAGCCUCAAAGGAUCACCUAUAACGCUUGCAAACCAUGCUGCAGAUAUUCUCAAAAAAGACAUCCGUAAAAACGAAUUUGAUAUUGUGUCCUGGAAGAAGGCAACCGGCACCUUCUCUACAAUCAUUGCCGAAGUUGAUAGAUGCUCAGGCCCAUAUUUAGAAUCUGGUAGUCCUGCACUUUCUGAGCCUGUACUUCAGCCCUUAUCUGCUGGCAAGAACCUGUCGGUAUCGGCGAUUUGGGAAAUGAAAACGCUCCUCCCCCGAAGCCUCAGAGGAGUAGCACCAUCUAGCUCCCAAUUUUCAACCGACAAGGCCUCUCCUUGCAUCGUCACCCUAACCAACAUACCCGGGGGAAUCUCUCCCAUAAACAUUGCUUCAAUAAUUCGGGGUGGUAAAAUCGAAAGCAUUUUUAUCUCCCGCGAUGAUGAGAAAAAAGCCCAACUCGCCAGAAUUCACUUCUCAUCACAUCUCUCCGCUAUCGAAUACACAACCUGGGUAAACCGAACUGAUCCAUCACUCUAUAUAAAUGGCGAGAGGAUUUCAGCGGUUUUGGGAUUAGGGUAUCCUGCUAUGAGAACAAACGCGAGCAGGGCACUGUUAUUCGAGGCCAUUCCAGGAGAUCUAAGCACAUAUCAACAAUUUGAGAGAUUGUGGACCAACGGGAGUUUGGAUGAGAAUGGGUUUUUGCUUAGGACGGUAGACAGUUCGGAUAAGAAAGUGGAUGAAGGAUCAAUUGAUAAGGAUCGAACGGUUGAGGAGAGGCUUCCAGAGGACAGUGCUCUGUGA